AGAAGUCCUUGUAUGGACUUAAGCAAUCUCCCGAGGCAGUGGUACAAGAGAUUUGACAGUUACAUGCUUGAGCUGGGCUAUAGCAGAAGUCCAUAUGAUUGUUGUGUGUAUCACAACAAGGUGGAGGAUGGUUCGAUGAUCUAUCUGGUUCUGUAUGUGGAUGAUAUGCUCAUAGCUGUGAGGUCAAAGUCUGAUAUCCAGAAGUUAAAGGGGCUUCUCAAUGCUGAGUUUGAGAUGAAGGAUUUGGGAGCUGCUCAGAAGAUCUUGGGUAUGGAGAUUUACAGGGACAGGUCGAAGAAGAAGCUUUUCUUGUCACAGAAGAGCUACAUCCAGAAGAUAUUGUCGAGGUUUGGCAUGUCUUCAGCAAAGCCCUUAAAUACUCCUAGUGCUUCAAAUGUUCAUCUAUCCUCAGCUUAUGCACCACAGUCAGAGGCUGAGAAGGAGUACAUGUCGAGAGUCCCAUAUGCUAGUGCAGUAGGUAGCUUGAUGUACGCUAUGGUAUGCACUAGACCUGAUCUUGCACAUGAUGUUAGUGUUGUCAGCAGGUUUAUGAUACAACCUGGGAAGGAGCAUUGGCAGGCUGUGAAGAGGAUCUUCCGGUACCUUAAGGGUACACCUGAUGUGGGGAUUAGCUUCGGAAGUGAUACAGAGUGCAUGGUGUCUGGGUAUUCUGACUCGGACUAUGCUGGAGAUGUUGACACGAGGAGAUCGAUGACCGGUUAUGUAUUCACUCUUGGGAGUUCUGUAGUGAGCUGGAAGGCAACUUUGCAGUCGGCGGUGACAUUGUCUACUACUGAGGCAGAGUAUAUGGCGUUGACAGAAGCUGCUAAGGAGGGAAUAUGGUUGAAGGGACUGGUUGGUGAUCUUGGUCUACAUCAUGAUCAGGCAGUGGUGUAUUGCGGCAGUUUGAGUGCAAUAUGCUUGGCCAAGGAUCAAGUCCACCAUGAGAGGACUAAGCACAUCGAUGUGAGGUAUCAUUUCUUGAGGACAGAGAAGAGGAUUAAGGUGAAGAAGGUUGGCACCGCGGAUAAUCCUGCUGAUAUGUUCACGAAGCCGGUUCCACAUGGCAAGUUCCAACACUGCUUGGACUUGCUGAAUGUCUUGAGUGGGUGACUCUGCCCUGCGGGGCAUUGAUGGUGGGAGAGAGAUAGAUGGAGCAGAGUACAUCAAAGAUUUCAGAGGAAGAGGAUUCAAGUCAAGGUGGAGAUUUUUUUAUAUGACUUGAAUCGGACUAUCAGCCGCUACGACUGGUAGUCGGGGGUCUCCCACGGUGUAUGGGCUCAAUGUUAUUUGGGUUCGGGUUCUGGGCCUGGUCUGUAACCGUUUCCUUUGCCAGAUUGGAUUAGGUUUAGACCCACAUGGAGAAGUACUAUAAAUACUUCUCAUACUCCUCUGUAAUCUGUAAUCUCCUUGAUAUAGUGAAACUGGCUCUCUCUCGCCCGUGGACGUAGCUAACACACAUCGUGUUAGUGAACCACGUAAAUCGUGUGUCUGUGUUUUCGAUUCUUGCUUUCGUAUUCUUGCUUUGUCGAUUCCGGCUAUUUCCCGAUCCGUAGCAGCGCGUUUAUAACAAGUACCACAUCGGUUAUACAAGGGAAGGAACCCUUGUAUAUUAGUGUCCGCCAAUCUCAUUAGUACGAGGCUUUUUGGGGAGGACACCCAAGAGUAAAACCGUGCGGGCUUGGCCCAAAGCGGACAAUAUCGUACUAAUGGGAUGCCUAGUUAUGACAAGUGGUAUCAGAGCCUGGUUCGGUCCGGGGCGGUGGACGUCAGUUUGGUGGACCCUCAUUCGGUGACCUCAGGGUUUGAGAUAUGCGUUUGGUUUGGUGGAUCCAGGAGAGUUCCGCAUCUGGGAAGCAGAUCAAAGAGAGUUCUGUGUCUGGUAAAGUCCUUGUACCGAGAAGCCCAUCGAUACAAGGCGUUUGGCGUAUCAAGAUAAUCGCUGAGGUGAGGACACGAUGUUCGUGGUCCUUGGCUUGAGGGGAGGAUUGUUAUGGGACAAUCCAAGUACCACAUCGGUUAUACAAGGGAAGGAACCCUUGUAUAUUAGUGUCCACCAAUCUCAUUAGUACGAGGCCUAAUGGGCUGCCCAGUUAUGACACUUUGCACUUUUCAGACAACUUGUCCUGCAACAUGGAAGAACAUUCAUCAUUGAGCAUCACCAUGGAUAGAUCCUUGAGCUUUUUAUUCCUGGUGGGGAUUUCAUUCAAGAAUUUGGCAUAUUUGUGAAUUAGGCAAGGACCUCCACGAAUGGUAAGUUGAUGUGCACCUACUUCAACAUCGCCAUGAAUUUGGCGAACUCUGCUUCCAACUGGUCCUUGUGCAACUGGGUAGGAAAAGGGAGUUGAGGGACAUACUCCUUGACUCGCUAAAACACAACACCUAACAAUGGCCAAGUGUAACCAAUAAAAAGGACUGCAGUAUAGUGGCACAAGUAAUAAAUAUCGAAUCCACGG